CCCACACAGAGCCCCACGUCCAGUUCUGAAGGCCUCAGCACAAGGAGGACAUGGAUGUGUGGAGAGAGUCCAGAGGAGGCCACGGAGAUGAUCCAGUGUCUGGAGCAGCUCCGCUACCAUUGGAAGAUUUGCAUCCAGACUCUCCGAAAGCCCACGACAGUGACAACGACAGUGACAGCGGACAGGGCAGCUGUGAAGUGGCCUCUCCAGGUCAUGCCAGCAAGGGAGUGGCAUCUCCUGAUGACAGAGAUUCAGAGGAGGAGAUUUUUGUACGAAAAAAGGCAAAAAGCAAGAAGGUGCUUCAGGACAGCGAGAGCGAAGAUGGAGAGGAUGGCAGCUUUUCUGUGCAGAAUGAAACUCUGGGUGUAGACAAGGAAAAUGAAGAGGAAAAAGAGAACAUUCCUGCCCCGAGGAACAAGAAAACUCAUCGGGUUCGCCAAGGUCCACUUGACAGUGAUGACAGUGAUGCUGGCGACCAACUGCAGAUUGAAAACCUUGAAGAAAGCACAAAGUCUGGCUUGCCUGAGGGUGAGUUGGAAGAGCAGAAUCCCCUAAAAUCUGGGAAAAAGUACAGAAAGCGUAAACAACAUAAAGAUGAUUUUGAAGAAGAUAUGGCAAAAAAGGCUGUGGGAAAAUCAAGAAGAAGAAAGGAGAAGGAGAAAAGACUUGAAUCCCUUAAACAACUGAAAAAAGAGAAGAAGCCAAAGGCAGAGCAGGUAGCUGCUGGCGAGACGUUUUCGUUUAAUGACAGCGGAUGUCUUCUUGAUGACAAAGACCUUUUUGAUAAUGGCUUAGAAGAGGAAAAUGAUUGCCCCCCAGAGGAUGAGGAAUCGCUAGAAUCGAUACGAGCAGCGGUGAAGAACAAAAUAAAAAAACACAAGAACAAAGAGCGGUUUUCUGAGGGUGAAGGCUACAAGCACAUAUUUGAUGAUGAGGAUGAGGAAUCUGCAUUAAAAGAACCAAAGAGGAAGGAGCGAAAAGCAGCAAGGUUAAGUAAAGAAGCCAUUAAGCAACUUCAUAGUGAGACCCAACGACUUAUUAGAGAAUCGUCUGUGUCUCUCCCAUACCAUGUGCCCGAGACCAAAAGCAUUCAUGACUUCUUAAAGUGCAGACCUCGGCCACUAUGCCAAGGAAACGCCAUGGCGUUGUUGAAGUCCACUAAAUACCAGCUAUCCCUAAGCGAAGAAUCCACAGACACCAAGAACCUGAGAUCAGAUCCCAGUGAUGGGCGAGUAGAAGGUGAUCAGUCAGCAGCAAAUGAACCAGAAACGAGCCUUGGCAAAGAUGUUGAUGCUGCUGUGAACAAGGUUCUUGCUGACGCAGGGAAGAACUUGAUGGAAGACUGUGCUGAAAAGCCCAGGCAAGACACGGGCGAUUCCAAUACUGUUAGGGCUGUAACAGCUGAUAAUAACAUAAGGGAACAGCAGUGCUCUGACCUCCAAAACACUGAUUUUAGUGAACAAAGAGAGAAUGAGAUUCCUGUGGCAGUUGGAGGAGAUGUCCUCGAGCAAAAAGACCAAACAGCACCAGACUCGGAAUGUGAAAAAACCAAUCAACAAGUGGGGCCUGGAGUGGUGGCACAACCUGAGAAAGUGAGGAAGUCCAAGCUGGAUAAACUUCGAGAACUGGGAGUAGACCUGUCCAUCAAGCCAAGAAUCUGCUCUGGCAAUGAAUCCUUUAUAAACCUCGACGAGUCCGAUUCAAACAAAGAAUUAGAAGCCUUGAAAGCACGUUUCUUGAAGCACACUCUUCAAACAUCAAAACCCAGCGUCGAACGGACCAUAAAUAUGAACAUUAUUCGUAAGGAGACCACAUCCGAGGGGAAGGAGGAGCUGAAAGCAGACGUGGUACCCGCAGUGUUAGCCGCAGAGAGCCUGGAUGAAGCCGUCCACACGAAGCCAGGUGAAAAGCUGCAAGCGCUGAAGGCUAAACUGCAGGAGGCCAUGAAACUCCGCAGAACUGAGGAGCGCCAAAAGCGGCAAGCGCUGUUUAAACUGGAUAAUGAGGAUAUGUUGGAGGAAGAGGAGGAGGAGGAGGAGGAGGAGGAAGAGAUGACAGAUGAAUCUGAGGAAGAGGAAGAAGACAAUCAGGAGAAUGUGGAAUUUCUGCUUGAUGAAGCAGAGGAAGAUAAUGAAGAUAUUGAAGAGAAACACGUUGGAGAUGGUGAUAAAGAAACUGACAAAGAAUCAAUUGAUGGAGAAAAGCUGGAGAAAUCUGUGCACUGUGAUUCUGUCCCCAAGCUGCCUUCGACAGAGUCUACACUGAUGCUUUUUAAGGACAGCUCCUCAAAAAUGGGAUAUUCUCUUCCCGAUGAGAAACUGGAAAUGGAAGACGCUGCAGACAAAGGACCUGCCAAGUCAGAGGAUGAUGAUUCAUUUUCUCUACCAACACCAGCGAAAGAGAACAGCCAUAACAGCAGCUUUGAAUUGAUUGGCUCCAUGAUUCCGUCAUAUCAGCCCUAUAACAAACAGCUGUCGCGGGGAGGGAACUUCUUAUCCGCAGCAGGAGGUUUUAGGUCACCUUCCCCAGGCUUCUUCAAAACAAGCUUUAUCAGCUCUGCUUCCAAGAGCUCAGGAAAGACCUCCGAGCCCUCUCUUCCCAUAGAAGAUUCCCAGGACUUGUACAAUGCCUCUCCUGAGCCAAAGAGCUUAUUUCCAGGGGCUGGGGAGUCGCACUUUCAAUUUUCUCUGGAAGAUGACACUCAGAGCCAGCUGCUUGAUGCAGAUGGGUUCUUGAAUGUUGGACAACAUAGGAGUAAAUACCAGUCCUCAAAGCAUCCGCUGACCCUGGCCAGUAUGGAUGAGAACGCGAUGGAUGCCAAUAUGGAUGAGCUUCUGGACUUGUGUUCCGGACAGUUUAGCAGUCAAGCUGAACAUCAGCCAAAUACCAGCAGCAGCAAAAAGCAGAACAUGGAAGAAUUGCUCAAUCUUUGCUCAGGAAAAUUUGUCUCUCAGACAGGUUCUCCAACUUGGGCAUCUUCAGUAUCUUCGAAGGCUGAAAAAGACAGUGACAUAGAAGAUCCAAUGGCAGAAGCUCUUGCACUUUGUUCUGGCUCCUUUCCCACAGACAAGGAAGAGGAAGAGGAGGAGGAGCAAGAAGAACUGGGUGAUUUUCAGCUGGUAACAGACGACAAUGCCUUUGAUAGUGAAGAGGAUGAAAAAAGUGGAGACAGUGAUCCUGAAGAAGCAGAAAUUAGUGAUGAGGAAGAAGAACUGCUGAGACAUAGACAGGGCUUGAAGAAAAAGCUAAAACUGCAGGAUUUUAUGGAAGAUGAGGCAGAGCUGUCUGGGAGCGAUGUGGGAAGUGAGGAUGAAUAUGACGGUGAAGACCUGAACGAGUAUGAAGAAGAGAUUAUUGAUGAGGAACUCCCUAAUGACGUGGAGUUAGAAAAUCAAAUACAGAAAUUACACAUGAAGGCAAUGCUCGAUGAUGACAAGCGCCAGUUACGCCUGUACCAGGAGCGAUACCUCAUCGAUGGUGACCUGCACAGCGACGGCCCUGGCAGAAUGAGAAGAUUCAGAUGGAAAAACAUAGAUUACGAUUCACAGGUUGACUUGUUCCAGAGAGACUCGGACAACGAGGAGGAAAAUGAACAGUUUGAUGAGACAGAAGCGAAAUGGAGGAAAGAGCGAUUUGAACGAGAGCAGUGGCUUCGUGAGCAGAAGGAAAAAAACAAAGAGCAGGAGGAAGAGGAGAUCGGUGAAGACAGCCAGUUCAUGAAACUGGCCAAAAAAGUGACUGCUAAGUCCCUGCAGAAGAAAGCGAGCCCAGCAGUGAUGGUUCAAGACACAACGCUGUUACCCAGGAAUCCCUUUGAAACAUUCCGACCCACCAAUGAUGUCCAGAUAAAAAAUGGGUCGCUCUUGAACAGGCCUAAAGCUGUCCUUCAGAAACUAGCAGCGAUGUCGGAUCUUAAUCCAAAUGCACCUCGAAAUUCAAGGAAUUUUGUCUUCCAUACGCUUUCCCCAGACAAGAAUGAAGAGGCAAAGGAGAAAUCAAAACUUCAGGUGAAGAAAAGAGGUCCUGCUGCAGCCAUAACAUCUCUGGCCAAACGGCCCAGGGUGGACAGCACAGAGGAAACCAGUCAAAGCCGGAGCAUAUUCCAGUACUUGGAGAGCUGAAUGUUUCUGCUUAGAGCGGAGGUUGUAUCUCCACUCUUUGCCAACUGCAGUUGGUUUUGCAGGAAGGUAAAACCCAUUGCUGUGCGUUCUCUCUGCUACCACUUACGUCACAAGGUCCAGGCAAUGCUCUUGUUUAUUUUCUCUCAGGGCUCCAUGGCAACUGAGAGAACAAAAUCCAUGCUUAGUUUGGAACAAAAUGGUAACUUUCCCAAGCAUUAAGGAAAGUCACACUACUGUACUCUGCCACACUCCCUGUUCUGUGACAGGGGUGAUGCAGAAAUGCUGCCUUUAGCUUAAAGCUAAAAAGGAAAGCGGUAUUUCUGCAGCUUGGGGUAAGGAGAAAGCUCUUAACUGUGGCAGGACGUUUGCUGUUUACACUUGCAGGACGCAGGUAGCUAUGGCUUCCUCUGUCUUCUUUUCUCUAAUGUUAACCAUUAGCUUGACAUUUUAAGCAGCUCUAAUUUAUACUUGAAACGUACUUUUAAAGAAGGUUCCAGCCUCUUAUGAGGCAGUAUGAUAAAGAUUUCUUUCCAAGUUUUUAUUGCUGUUUAUAUUCUUACAUGUGCGUAUGAAUGUGUGCAUGCGGAGAGGGAGGAAUGUGAAUAACAGAAGCGGGAGAGGAAAAGGUGUGCCGGGGUUUUUAAUUUGCUUGGGGGCAGGAGGAGUUGUUUGUUUUUGGUUUUUUUUUUACCCGACUGAAGACUUAAAUCUUCCAUUCUGGUGUUUUCAUGCAAGCUGUACUCAUCCAAGAGAAAUCAUCCAUUUUGGAACAGCUGGGAAUGAAAGCCCUUCUCGGAAUGAGGAAAUUCUAUAGUAGGGAACCAUCAUUCACAGCUAUUAUAAAUUGCAUGAAAGAAAUUUGAGACACAACAUACAGCGCUUCUGACGUUUGAUUACUUGUUGAAUGUGCUAAAGCAGAGAGCAGAUAGGUGUCGCGUAGGUCUCUGGAGAAGUAUCCCAAUCUGUAAAUGUUGUAACAUCACAAGCAUCCACCUGGUGUGCUACGUGUAAAAUAUUUUACUGUAUAUUAUGUUGAUAAGGAAUUCUGGUACUAAUUGGUGUGCAAUGUUACAA